CGCAGGUGGUAUUUGAAGCACGGAUCCCUGACUUUUUCUCGACAGAAUCUGGCAUACUUCUCGAUGACAUCGAGCUUGUGCAGGGGGCAUGCCCAGAUGAACAUGCUUGCAAUUUCGAAGGACCGACAUGUCUUGCCUGGGAGAAUUCAUAUGAGCCAUUCGCUACUGGCUGGUGGCAGCAUCAGCGGGCUGGCCUCUCUGUGUUUCCCUCGGACCAUACGACAGGAACGCCUGAAGGGCACUACCUGCGCUUCUCAGCCAAGACUCCGGGAAAACUUGCGGUGCUGACAGCAGGUGGUGGCAGCAAUGACGCCCGGUGUGCCAUCUUCUGGUAUCUGCUAUCGGAUGAACUCCACGGCCUCAUACUGUUGGCAGGACCUACAUACUUCAACGAGUCUACGCACGGCCAAUGGCGCUCGAGCCAAUUCAGUCUCACGCACCACUACAGAUCUAUCAUCGCAGUAUCGGGCAGUAAUCCCAAGGCAUUCGCCCUGAUCGACGACCUGCUUGUUCACGAUAACGACUGCACCAACGAAGGAGACGUUUCCACAGUUACGACAGCGAGCACAGCAAAAAUUGUGACUGCUGGAGCAACCACACACUUUGGAACUACCGUCGUUCCCACAUCAACAGAGGCAGUGGUCAACCCGCACGUUACUAAUGUUGAAGGAAAGGCACAACCGAUAGCCCCUUCAACGAUGUUUAUGACAACUGCAUCCUCAUCUUCUAUCGGCACCACGACGUCCUCAUUCGUGCCUUCAGCGGUUCCCACCACGUACGUGUCCACCGCCGCAGGGUCGACCUGUGGCAAAGGCAUGUUCAGCUGCCGCGACGGCACACACUGUGUUCCUGCACUGCUCCUCUGUGAUGGCGUUCGAGACUGCCCCAAUGGAGCUGACGAACUCUGCGGAGACCACGAAUUCUGCCCUGGUGGUCAUUACUUCUGCCGGAAGCCAUCAACAUGUCUCAAUGCAUACAAGCUCUGCGAUGGUCGUGAAGACUGCAGCGACGGAUCUGACGAGAUUCUCUGCAAUGACUGCCCAGGUUACUUCUGCCGCAACGAUGGAAAUUGCAGCUUCCAUACAAUAACUGGAGCACCAGAAUGCAUGUGCAAGGCCAGUUUUCAAGGCAAUCGAUGUCAGAAAAAGCUCGUGGAAGAUACUUCGCCAGACUCAAGGGCAACAGUUUCAGGUACAAGCAGUGGCUGGGCGUAUGGUGCACCCGUGCUAGUGCUCGUCAUCCUGGGUUUCACCACUACAGUGGUCAUUUACCUCCGGCGGAAAAGGAGCAAGGAGGUGCGCAGUGAAAUAGAGGAGAGCAGACAAGUGACCGUAGAAAAUCCAAUUUACGGGCUUGAGUUUGGCCAAAAUGACACACCAAGGCAACCAACACUACCAAGACAGUCGUGGUUCUCCAGGACAAUCAGGCUUCCAAUUUCUAGUCGCAUUUCAACGAGUGAAUGUUGAUUUAUGCAAUUUAGCGAUCAUUGGUGAAUGUUUUAGGUUGUUAUUAUAAAAACAUCAUUUUCAUCUUUUUUUUCAUCAUUAGAAAGACAUUGAUAGACACAUCAGUAUUGACUUGUUAGACUCAUGCUUUGCCAAACCUUGACUCAUUGAACUUCUAGAAUCUUGGUGAACAGCAUAGUAUGAGAUCGCCAAACUGUACAUAUACAUGCAACAAAAGUAAAUGGAAUAAACAAUUUUCACCAAAUUUCUUUUUGCUGCAGUCAUCUUUAUUUUAUACCUUGGCUAAAUACCUUGUUAGGGCAAACACACUCUGUCUUUAAGCUAAUAUAGGAAUG